AUGGACAGGUUUUCGUGGGGAUAUGCUCGUCACCACUUUUAUCUCAUUUGGAUAUGUCAAUGGUUGGCCGAAUGUUUUCAACAUCGGCCCGUUAUCAACAAGAGGCAGAUGACUGCGUUCCAAAACUCCACAAUCCCGACCAUCACGGAAGGAUACGGGCCUGAGUACGACCUCAUCCGCCCUGUCAACAUGCUAUUUUCCGGAGAACGAGUAUGUCACGGGACCGCUCUGACCCCCGCGAUUCUGGGUAAAGGGCCGAUAUCAUCCCCGGAAACAAGUGAGAAAUCCCCAUUUUUUGGUCCCAGCAGGGAUUACCAGGCAGAAACUUAA